AUGGAUACUCGUGAGUACGGGUAUCAUCAAAUCUCUAUCGGUGCCUAUAAGGAAAAGCUUGGAUUAUUUGAGUCUAUUUUAGAUGAGUCUUCUUGUAAUGAAUUUGUAAAGAUAAAGCAUUUUGGCAUAAUCAUAUGCAAAGAAGGUUUUGCAAAAGAAGAGGUUUGGGAAAAUGAAAUGUUGCAUCAUAAGGAAAACUUGAAUGGGUAUCUCUCCUAUCAAACUGACCAAAGUUUAUAUAAGAUCAACCAGGAUACUGACCGUGAGUUUUUCAUGAGUGCAAAAGAAGCCAAAGAGUAUGGACUCAUAGACGGUGUUAUAACAAAUCCCCUCAAAGCUCUCCGGCCAUUAUCGGCUGCAACCGAGGUUAAUGACAAGACUAGUGUCUAA